AUGAACUUCAAAAUUAGUUGGAUAAAAGUCUACAAAAUGGCAAGUUGCUCUUAAUUUUACUUUAUGCUGUGGGUUUUUAAUAAUUGUAUAUAUCUAAAUGGAUUAGUUUUUAAAGUUAUUGUAGGAGCCAAUAUAAAAGUUGUUAUCCAAAUAAAAAAAUUACCUUUCCUUAGGUCUUUUUGGCUCAGAAACAACCAAGAUUUAUAGAUCAUUUAAAGAUAAAAAAUGUAUAAAUUCUGGUAGCGUUCUUAUGAAGUAAAUAUAGUCAACAGGAUCUAAAGAUAUGAGGUAUAGAUUUACAUCCUGAAUUUUAAUUCGUGGAUAAGUAUUCUUAGUAAUCCAAACAAGCUUGGGUAGUUUCAUCUUAAUAAUAAUUGUUGGGACAUUUAGAAAUACAAACAGGUAAAUCUUAGUCUGAUGCUACAUAAGCGUAAUAUCCUGAAUCACAUUAUAAGUUUGAAUUUAAUCCAACACAGGAAGUACAAUGUUGUUUUUAAUAACAUUGAUUGUCAUUUAAACUAUAUAAAUAAUUCUAAUCGCAAGAAGCUAUGCAUUAGGUAUCUUGGUAUACCAAGGCAUCGUUACAUUUACAAUAGUAAUGGGCUAAACUUUGCCCAACAUUACAAAUUUGUAAAUUUACCAUUGUUUAUAAUAUUUCUCCUCUUCCUCUUUGAAUUUAUGAGCUAAUAAUCACAUUUUUUAUAUAAACCCCAACAUUAUUUUUAGACACCCUAAUUUACAAAUCCAAAGUACUUUGAGGGGUAUUGUAUACCAAGUACAUAAAGGAAUUAAAAAGGAAGCUUAAUUUAAAGAAAAUUUUACUUUUCGUUACAAAGUUUAUUAGUAUCUGCGAGCUGGAUCUUUUCUGAGCAUUAUUUUACAUUAUCAACAUAUAAAACAACUUCAUCAUCAUUCCAUUAUCCUGAUAUUUAAUAUUCAAAGUAGAUAUAAACUUUGUUAGUUAAGGGUUAUAUGUUGAAACUUCUUUGCCAUUAUAUUUAAUUUGAACUUGUAGCUUAACCUACGUAUUUUUCAGACUUGUCAUUUGUGCACAACAAAACUGA